CAGAGGUGACACAGGCAAGAGACAGUGAGCAUCUUCUGGAUUCUGGGAUCAUGAAAGGCUUGAAGAUGUCUCUCCUGGUGGUCCUUUUCCUAGGGAUAUUCCCUCAACACAGUAACUCAGCUCGAGCAACAAAUUUAGGACAGGAUUGCUGUAAUACCUAUGUAAAAGGAGCUAUUCCCUUCCCUAAGUUGAAGUCAUGGUUCAAGACCUCAAUAUUUUGUCGCAAGGAGGCCAUUGUAUUUAUUACUGUUCUAAAGAAAAACAUCUGUGUGGACCCCAAGAAAAAGUGGGUGGAUGCUGCAAUCAAGUACUUGAAUAAAAAUAACAAUAAGUCUAACUCCAGUUCUGAAAUUAACGUAGGUCUACAAAACUUCUCUUUUGUUAGUACGCAACUUCCAAACACCAGUCAACUCAACUCAAAAACCCAAGUCAACCUCUUUCAGCAAACCAAUUCAACUCAAUGCCUCAACUCAACAUCUCCAACCAAAAGUCCUAUUCAUCUCAAAAAUUAAGCUCAACAUCAACUGUUGUGUUAAAUUGAGUUGAAUUGUGGUCUAUGGGGGCAGGAGAGAUUGGCCGGGAGAGGAAUGAGGGAAAAUCAUUGGUUCAUUUUGUUAUUGUUGUCCCGACCGUGGCCCUCCUCUUCUGUAUUAAAGUUCAGUCUCCAGCAACA